AUGUCCCCAGGACCCCCGACCAAUGAUAAAACAGACCCGCCGGCUCCCCUCGUGAGUUCGUGGCGCGCCCGUGCCGACGCCGGUGAGUCUGUAGCCGUGGUCCGCGUGCGGAACCUGCGAAGCUCUAUUCCCAUCGGCCGAGAUGCCUGGGGCCGCUCCGGUAAAUUACAGCCGGUGCUUCUCUCCUCCGAGGUAUCGUUCGCGGACCCAUUCUCCGUGAAUGAGUCUUCGUCGGGGAAUACCGAUAAGCUCGACUCCGGUACCGUGCACUACGGCAAUCUGAGCAAGACGCUACUCGGCAGUCUCGAGCUUUUAGGGUCUAAACCCGACGCUGCGGGAACAACAGCAGCUACGAUAACCGCCACGGGCUAUGAAGCCGAGGUCACUACCCCGCGAACCGCUGAUGUCUUAGAGUUGCUAUGGGUGCGCAUGACAGGGCGCGUUGUAGACGGGAGCCGUGUAGCUUUGCCGCUGGAUCAGCUACCGUUCCUGCAUGCAGCACGCCUGCGUUCGCUUUCACUAACCGUAGAGCUGCCAAAGGCGUCUCUUCUCGGUGCCGGUGUCAGUCUAACUACAAGAGCAUGCUUCAGAGAAGACAUGCCAACAGAAGAGGAUAAAGAGAAGAGCGAUACUAACAAGAACCCCCUACGGUCUUACUCGCGCACUCUACGCAUCCAAGGGCUACACAUCCCUACGCUGAUCGGCGUCAACCCGAACGAGCGCAAGGCUAAGCAGAUGCUCGUCGCAGACGUUGAGAUCGAUAGGUUCGAUGUUGCGGAGGACAUACAUACUGAAUUAGAGAGUAUUAUCGUAGAGACAAUGGAAUCAUCAUCUUUCGAGACGCUGGAGGCACUUGCUUCCCACAUCGCCAAUAAGAUAUUAUCAGACUUCAGGAUCAACGACGACCCGAAGCCCAUGAAGGAGCGAGGGUGGCGGGUUAAAGUCUGCUUGGAGAAGCCGAUUGCGAUACCUACGGCGGAAUUCCCUGCUGUGGAAGUUACCAUGGGGUCGUGA